AUGGCCGCAGACGAGUGGAAAGAAAGGGAAAUGAGCUGUGGGGGGGAGAGGGGGAGGAGGGAGAGGGAGAGAGGAGGGGGGGAGGAGGAAUGGAAAGGUUGUGGAAAGAGGAAAGCGGAAAAACACGGCGGCGUGGGGGCGGCGCCCGGCGUUGGGAUGGCGCCCGGCAGCCCCCCCCCGGGUCGCCCACAUCUACGAGGAGGAGGACGACCCCGAGCUCUCCAGGCCGGUCACCCUGGACCUGAAGGUACCCGAACGCACUCUCCCAUGCGGCGGUUGGGUGUCUCUGUGUGUGACGGCCGGCUGUUUGUUGGGCAGGCGGCGCUGGCGGGCCUCGGCGAGGUGGAGGCCAUGGAGGAGCGCUCGCUCACGGGGACCUGGGACGCCACCCGCCUGCGGAGGUGGAAGUGGAACACGGCGGAUAACCGGGAAGAAGACUUGAGAAGGGGGGAUGAAGGCAAAGAGUUCACGGUGACCAUCUGGCCCAAACAGAUCAGGACCUUCUUCGUCCACUUCGCCUCCAGGAACUCGUAG